GUUGGACUGGCAGCAAAACAAAGUAGAAUAAGAAAUAUUUCAAAUACAGUGAUAAAAGUAAAGCAGAUCCUUGGCAGAAGGUAGCCCCGCUUAACUUGCUGCCAACUUGUCCUUACAAACCCUCCCUGUAACUCUCCUUCCCCUCUGGCCUUCCAGCCAGAAAUGUGGUCCUUGGACCAGGCUUCUCAGCAAUUAGCCCUGAGAAGAAAGAACCUGCUGGCUCCUGGAAAUACACUGAGAGCACACCGAGUUUACCCACACCUGCUGCCUGGGAGCUUGCUUCAGUAGCGUUCCUUUCCAGCUCACUAUGGCCAGUGCCAAUAGCAGUGCAGGGAUCCGGUGGUCCAGACAGGAGACACGAACUCUUCUCUCCAUACUAGGGGAGGCAGAGUACAUUCAACGCCUCCAAACUGUGCAUCAUAAUGCAGAUGUCUACCAGGCCGUGUCUAAGCGAAUGCAACAGGAAGGCUUCCGCCGUACGGAACGUCAGUGCCGCUCCAAAUUUAAAGUUCUGAAGGCAUUAUAUUUAAAGGCCUAUGUUGCUCAUGCCACGAGUAUGGGUGAUCCACCCCACUGUCCGUUUUAUGAUACGUUGGAUCAGCUUCUCCGAAAUCAGAUAGUGACUGACCCAGACAAUGUAAUGGAAGCUGCUGCUUGGGCCAAGCACUGUGAACAGAGCUUAGUGGCCUCUGACAACACAGGGAAGGAGGGAGCCACCAUUCUGAAAGCAAGAAGAACGCAGGCAGCUGAUCGUCAGCCUACCUUGAAAACAGCUCAGGGAUCAGAUGAGGAUUGUCAGCUGAGAAUGAGCGACCGGAUGCAAGAAACCAGUGACCUUGAGGACCCCUGGGAUGCAUCCUCAGGUGCAGGGUGUUCUCAAGGGACCCCCAACUACAGCAGUUCCCACAACCUUUUCAGAGGUGCAGUUGCUCCCUGUCAGAGCAGCCCCAUGACCAGGAUGGGUGUGUCCGGUGAGCCCAGUCCCUGCACCAGCACCAGCCGAAACCCUCCCGGUGUAGCCUCCACACCACAGCCUCCGGUUUGCUCUUCCAGAGUUGAUUUUGUUUCUGGAGGGCGUAGGCCUUUGACCAGUGAGCCCCCUCCAAGGUGGGCAAGGCGAAGAAGGCGGUCAGUGGCCAGGACUAUUGCAGCUGAGUUGGCAGAAAAUAGGAGAUUGGCACGAGAACUUUCAAAGCGUGAGGAAGAAAAACUGGACAGGCUGAUCGCUAUUGGUGAGGAAGCCAGUGCCCAGCAAGACACUGCCAAUGAGCUUCGCAGAGAUGCUGUCAUCGCGGUCCGACGUUUGGCGACAGCGGUGGAAGAGGCAACUGGUGCUUUUCAGCUAGGGCUCGAAAAAUUGCUUCAGAGGUUGAUUUCAAAUACCAAAAGCUAGGAACUGAUGACAGAAGGGUGCCUUUGCUAAGCUGGGAGCAGCCCAGUUUAACACUUGCCAUCUCGUUCUCUGGCUCCUUUUUGUCUCCUCAGAAAAAAAGAAUAGAUGAACCAUGAAUGUGCAGGGUAAUAUGCCUGCUAGUUCCUUUUCCCAGAAAUCUCCACGAAUUGAGAGAUCUAUCAGAAAUGAGAGCGGUGGCCUAAUAGAAAACCAUGAAACCAAGUCCAAGAGCUAGUUUGUCCGUGGCUUUGUCACUGAUGUGAGACAAUUUCGUUUACCCUGUUUACAACAGUUUCCUCAUCUGUAAAAUGGGGGAAUAGAUCAUAACUCUUGGCCUGCCUACCUCACAGGGUUGUUGUGAGGAUCACGUGGCUAAUAGAUGGGAAAGGGUUUAAAAGCUUAGAAGCACUACACACAUGUAAGUUAUUAAUGCGUAUAACCUUGGCUGAAGCAAGUCCAGGAUGCGCACAUUAGUUUACAAGAUAGAGAAGCAUGGUUGUAUACUAUGACUCAUUGCUUGAAUCUUCCCUUUACUAGUUUAUCUUGACUGUUUCAUAGAGCUUGAGAGCUUCAUUUCUUAAAUCCCUCUGUGGCUCUUUAGACAGUAUAGGCACAACAAGUAUUCAUACCUUUAUUGAUUCUAUUUUCACUGCUAUGUCUCUGAAUAGCACUGGGUAAGCACUCUGAGUAGUCAAACCAUCUCUCCCUCCUUCAUGUUACUAGUUCAUAGUCUCCUGUCAAUAUAAGGAUAUGAUUAAGGAAUAACAGGAAGCCACAGUAGUUUGUUAUGGCUCAUGUUGGCUGUUUAUAAAGUAAUAAGUGUGAGUGAAUUAUUUUUAUUUCAUAUUAUUUGAGUCCCUUCAUAUUCAUAAGUUAUGUCUUUAAAUAUUGAUUGCCGUUUGAACACUAGAAACAACUUACAUUAUAUCAGUUUGCAAUCUGCUUUCAGCAAAUUUUAUUUUUUUCUGUUAGCUGUUUUUGUUUGGUGUUUUUUUGUUUUUUGGUCUAGUAUGUUACACAGAGGAAGUCUUAGAAAACUUUAUAAGGUCACUUUUUCUCAAAUGGCAUAGACACAAGUUCAUCUAGUCAAAGCCAUAGCUUUUGUUUCUCCUUUAGCUUUGGGAACACUAGAGAGUGAUAUGGACAGACACUUUUAAAUGCAAGCCCUCAACAAAUACCCACUUCCUUUCUCCCUGCCCCACCCACCCAUCCAUACACAGCCACUGUCUUUGGAAGAGAUGAAGGUGAUAAGCUGAAUUUCAAUUUACUUUAGAAAGAAAGUCAUUACUGGCCAUCAUUGAACUACAAUCUUUUUACGGGUUACUUAGUACUUAUAGGAGAUACAAAUAGGAGUCCUUGCUAUUUACAAAGCUUUCCUAUAAUUUAGAAGCCAGGGAAAAAAGAGUGGGUGUGUUGGGAAAGGAUUUUGCAGGCUUGGGUUCUUACCUAAGUGCUGGACAUACAAAUAGGUGGAGAAAUGGUCAAAUGAGCAGCGGGACCAUACCUGGAAGCACGAAUUGGUGGCAGAAAAGCAAGAUGCUCUGAUGAGUGAGUGUUGGGUAUAUGAAGCAGCUGAUGUGGUAGAAUAGGGUCGAAUCUUGUUAGAACUCCUGGAUUCUAACUUUCAGUUUGUUUUGUUAGGCAAAUCACUUGCCCUUUUUCAGCCUCACUUUAUCUCUUAAUUGAAGGUUUGUACUAGAUAUUUUUUUCCUGAUGCCUUCCAGUUCUAAAGAGUUUUAAAUAGUAUCAUUUAAAAAAAAUGAGUGUAAUAUUUGUCACAGCAGCAUAUUAAUGUAUGUAACUGAUAACAAUUGUAUUUUGAGGAAGUAUUCUGUGGUAUUAAUGUUUAUUAAUAUUCUCAUUAACUUGGGCACCACACUAAGCAUACAUAUUCUUUGCGUUGAAGGAACAUAUAUUAAGCCUUGAAAUUGAUACAAAUUGUAUACAUUGUCUUAAUUGUUUGUGGCCAUUUUGUGGAAGGAUGGAUAUCGGUUGUAACUAGAUAACACUAACAUACAUAGGUAGAUUUUUCUGGAAAAACAGGGAAGUUACUUGAAAACUUAGACCUAUACUAUAUAAAUCUAUUAAUGGAAACAAAGUACAUAGGGAUUUAUUUAUGAUAAAAGAAAUGCUGAAGAACACAAGCGGAAUUAAUGUUAAAAGGUAAGAUUGUAAAUUCUAGUGGAUGAAGUAAAGUAACUUUAAUGUGAGGAAAAAAAUGUGAGGGAAAGACUCUGAAGAAGUAAACAGAAAAACAGUGUCAAGUAGAGGGAAGUUGUCCACAGGGGAGACACAAGAAAGCAAGCCCUAGGAAUCCUGUCUACACUGUAGGCCCGGCCACUUCUACCUGCAUAUCCUUAGAUAAACACAUCUGUUUGCCAUUCUUUGACUCAGGUUCCUUAUUUAUAAAGUAGGAAACUACUAACAAUUGUCCUACCUACCUCACAGGGGUGUUGUGAGGAUUAGCAAACAGAUGAAUGUAAAUACUUUUAAAUGUGUAAGGUACUACAGUGAAACAGGCAUGGGGUGGAACACACUAUGGUAGUGAGUGCUGGCAUGUGCCAAGUCCAUGGGCCUGUUGGCAGAGAAAUCAUUUGGAAGAAGGAAAAGGUGAUGACGUGACUGGUAAAGGUUGAAAACCAUGGUAGGAUUAACUCUGCCUGCUGAAACCACAAUGUGAAUAAGGUGCUGUGUAUACCAACCUCCUACUACCUUUAUUUUUCUGUUAAGUAA